AUGGGUGGUCAUAUUAAGGUCCCCAUUGAUCACCUCGUUACUGUCAAGGGUAAGAUAAAUUCUUUGCAGAUCAUCGAAAGGUGCUACGUAUUGCGACUUCCAGCCCCAGGCAUGUACACCGCACAACACAUUGGAUCGAUACCCAUACCAAGUGAUGUCAGUAAUUUGAAAUGGCUACGGACCAAAUGUAUUCCACGAUUAAUGUUCAUGAGGAAACAUGCACCAAAUGCAAAGAUUUUAUCAGCAGAAGCAACCAAGGAUCAUCGUACCAAGCGUUUGAAAAGUUCAACCUUUAUGCAAUAUCCAACUUAUGAAGUGGGCGUAAGAUGGGUACGCGGAACCUGGUACAAACCUUCACGACCAAACACCAAGAUUAUCAUUCCUAAGAAUUUGCUAUGA